AUGCACCUCUCCGAGGUGGGCAACUUCAUCGGCUCGUCCAUGGGCGGCGCCCUCAAGCCGCGCCAUCUCUGCCGCGACGCCUACCUGGACCAGGGAAUCCGGGCCGACACGCUGCAGGACCCAUACCUCACUACGACACCGGCCUGGAACACAUGUAUGCAACAUAUGACGCUGAGCGUCAAGGCACGGUCGCGGUUUGGGGAGGAGGGAAAGGCCGAGGAGAAGCAGGUGGGUUUGGAUCCUGGCGAGAGGGCGGAGAGGGAUGGGGCGGCGGGGGAGUUCAGGUUUGGAAGGGGUGGUAACUCUGAGUGA